UCUCGUUGCAAAAGGAAAACUUCAGAGUUCAGAGCUACCUAUACAUACAGUUAUAUCAAUCCUCUCUCUCAAAUCCUCUCUCGAAGAUCAUCUCGUCGAGAAAUCACCGUGCAUUCCAACUCCAUACGGUUUAUACAGAGAGAAUGGCAAGAGGGAAGAAAAACAAAAAACAAUCUGUGAAUCAGAAGUUCCAACCUGCGAAAGCUAACAUCAGUGCUCCUGCAAGAAACCUUAGGAAGAGUGAACUAGGUGCAGUUAUUUUUGGCUGCAAGAAUCACACAAUACAUGAAUGCUAUAAAAAAAAGUUAUUUGGCCUACCAGCUCCUCAUUAUGCAUAUGUGAAGAAUAUCAGCCGUGGACUAGUCCUAUUUCUAUUCAACUAUAGCGAUAGAACACUUCAUGGUAUAUUCGAGGCUGCUACCCCUGGAGAAAUGAACAUCGAUCGUCAUGCAUGGACUGAAGAUGGUGUAGACACACCAUACCCUGCACAGGUUAAAGUUAGUCUUCACAGGCGCUGCUGCACUUUGACAGAGGAUCAGUUUAUACCGAUUAUAUCAAGUAACUACUAUGAACAAGGCCUUUUCUGGUUUGAACUAGACCGGAGUCAAACUAGCAAGCUAGUCUCAUUGUUUAAUUCUUUGCCUUGUGAUGCGGAUGCUUCUACAUCACAAAGUAGAGUAAAGUGGAAUCCUUCCUUCAAUCCAUUACCUGCUUCUGACACACUACAGGUAGGAAUAGUAUCAGGUAUUUCGAGCAACAAGGAGGUUGUUAGAAAGGCAAGCGCUUCCAUUCCGGAGAAGACAUCAGCUUCAUUAUUCGAAAGUUCAUCUUAUACUGAUGUUAUGCAUCAAGAUGAUGCAAGAAAAACAUGGACUUCACUAUUCAAAAGUUCAUCUCAUAGUGAUGAUUCAAGCAUUUCAAUUCCGCAGAAAACAUGGAGUUCAUUAUUUAAAAGUUCAUCUGAUAGUAAAGGUUUGGAGAAAGAUGAAAUUUUUGGGACUGAAGCAUUUAAUUCCUCCCAUCCUUUGGAUGAGUCCAAAAAUUUAAAGCCUUCAUGUUUACCUUCUUCGGACAAAGAGACUAGUGAAAGUGAGAGAGAUGUGUUGAACAUUCAACAGUGUUCCGAAGAUAUUGAUGACUGGGAGACAAAAUGGGAGAACCCUCCCUCUCUGCCCUUGUCUGUUGCUGAAAGAGAAGGGUUAAACCUAGAUGCCAGCCAGUAUUAUGAUGACAGGGGCAAUUGGGAGUCGGAUUGGGAGAAUCCAUCUGCUUUGAAAGAGGUUUCAAAUUUUAGUACUGAUGUAGCACGACAUGAAAAUAGAUGCUACAGUCAUGUCAGUUCAAACAUAAACACUCAUAAUCCACAGGAGUCCGACUUGGUAGUGGGGCUUAGGUCUCCUAAUGUAAAUGAAGAGAGGGAUAAGACAAAAUGGGAGAACCCUCCCUCUCCGCCCUUGUCUGUUGCUGAUAGACAAGGGUUAAACCUAGAUGGCAGCCCGUGUUAUGAUGACAGGGGCAACUGGGACUCGGAUCGGGAGACACAGUUUGCUUUGAAAGAUGUUUCAAAUUUUAGUACUGGUGUAGCACGACAUGAAGAUAGAUGCUACAUUCAUGUCGAAUCAAACAUAAACACUCAUUAUCCACAGGAGUCUGACUUGGUAGCGGGGUUUUGGUCUCCUAAUGUAAAUAAAGAGGGGGUGAAGCCUCUUAACGUAAAUGAAGAUGAAACGCAGUCAUCUGAUUCUUUCGAUUUCAGUGCUGUGAUAAAUGAGAUGAUCUUAGAGGAAAAUAAGGAAAACAAUGUUACUCAUACUGGACUACCUAUACAGAAUGUGUGUUAUCCAAUGGUAGAUAGCAUAACAGCAACAAACUCUUUUGACAUUCAGUCUGUGCUGUCUAUGUUAAUGAAAGAAAUUGAUGGACUGAAGGGAUUUCAAUUGCAACAACACAUGCAAAUCAACUAUCUUCAUGCAGAGCUGGUUGAUUCAAAAAGGCAAAUCGCACAACUCAAAAAUAGAUGCAAUAUGUUGGAAUCUGGAGAAUAUUCUUCAGCUGUACACUUGGGGGAUGAGUAUGAAUGGGUUGACAAAUCCAUUUCAAAUAUGAACGAGAGUAUUCUUAUAGUGGGUGGAUUUGAUGGUUCUUCUUGGUUGGCAGAUCUAAAUUCCUACUGUCUUGCCAGUGAUAUAGUGACACCUCUUUGUCCGAUGCCUACUCGACGGUCCUAUGCCUCAGCAGCAAAGUUAGGCGGGGAACUUUAUAUAUUCGGUGGUAUUGAUGGCGAAAUUUGGCAUGACACAGUUGAGUCAUACAACCUAAGAAGUGACCGGUGGGUGAGUCAACCCUCACUAAAUCGAAAGAAAGGGAGCUUAGCUGGGGUAAAUUUAAGUGAUAAGAUUUAUGCAAUCGGUGGUGGGAAUGGGGUUGAUUGUCUUUCUGAGGUUGAGAUGUAUGAUCCAAACAUAGGAAGGUGGAUAUUUACGCCGUCAAUGCAGUAUAAGCGAUUUGCUCCUGCAGCUUCAGAGAUUAAUAAUGCACUUUACGUCACUGGCGGAUAUGAUGGAACAAAUUAUUUGAGCACCAUUGAAAGAUUUGAUCCUCGAGAACGUUCGUGGGUUAGAGUUGGGAAUAUGAGGACAAAGAGGGGCUGCCAUUCUUCAGCGGUCCUUACUGAAAAGUUAUAUGCUUUUGGAGGUUGUGACGAGGGAGAUAGAAUGCACUCAACUCUUGAGAUUUUUGAUCCUCGUAUGAACUCAUGGAUGCUUGGGGAACCAAUGAACAACAGUAGGGGAUUUGCUGAUGCUGUUGUGGUCGGAGGUAAACUAUAUGUCAUUGGCGGUCUAAAGAGAAAGGAUGAAAUUUUGGACACUAUUGAAUGCUACAAGGAAGGAUAUGGCUGGGAGGUAACCAACUUGAAUGCGCUUGGGAAAAUAUGCUUCUUUUCUGCAAUGGUAUUUUGAGUGUAGAUACAAGUCUGCUUUUGGAAGAUAUGGAGUGAACACAAAUGAAUAUGCCUAUGCGAAUUUUGAAUAUGCAGUAAAAACAAGUGGCGAUAAUAUAUGGCACAAGUUGCGAUGUUAUAUAUGUUAAAAUUGCGAAGUUAAAUAUGGUCCUGAAUCUCUCUAUUUCUUGUGUU